GGCUUUGUGUGCUUAGCCCAAACUCAUUACUCCUCUAGUUCUAUGCAAGAGAUGGGUGCUUCAAAUAUAGUACUUGGAGCAGCAUUUUGUAAGGUAGCUGGAGGUUUCUGUUCUGACGCCUAAACGACAUAGAGAGAGAAGGAAAUGUUCGUCAUGGUACAGUUUGGAGACAACAGAAUGGAAUUAUUCAAUUUGAAUUGCAGACUGAUAAACUUCAUCCAAAAUUUGAAAGAAAGAUGUAAUGUGGAAUCUCAAGACUGUGUGGAGCUGAUGGACAGGUCCGGGGAGCUGAUGAAUCUGAACGAGAGGGAACAGAGUGUGGAGCGGGCCAGCAGCUUUCUGAAGGAGAGGCAGAGCUACAUCCUCCUACAGGUGUCCAGAGAUGAUGGUACUGACGGUAACAAGUAUCUACCUCUCCUAAACAACCUGGGAAGAUGUCAUCCUGAAUUAGCAGAGAUUCUGCGGAAGAUGUCUCUACCCAGUCGGGAGCGAGAUAGAAAAGGCGGUCCCUCCAGAAAAGGCUGGCCACAGAGGGACGCUCUUAUCAACCAAAGUCGGAACAAGACCACGAGUGGAAACAAGAAGAGUAAUUCCAUCAAAUAGUGACCAAACGCCACUGAAUAGUGUGUCCAUGUUUCAGAUAAUAAUAAUUAAUCAGGCGACGUAUCCAAAAAAGUACCAGGACUUUAAAUAAAGUGUUUUUGAAUAAAUGACUCUC